CCCUUCACGCCCCCGAUCGUGAAGCGCCUGCUGGGCUGGAAGAAGGGCGAGCAGAACGGGCAGGAGGAGAAGUGGUGCGAGAAGGCGGUCAAGAGCCUGGUCAAGAAGCUCAAGAAGACGGGGCAGCUGGACGAGCUGGAGAAGGCCAUCACCACGCAGAACGUCAGCACCAAGUGCAUCACCAUCCCCAGGUCUCUGGAUGGGCGGCUGCAGGUGUCCCACCGGAAGGGGCUCCCCCAUGUCAUCUACUGCCGCCUGUGGCGGUGGCCUGACCUGCACAGCCACCACGAGCUGCGUGCCAUGGAACUGUGUGAGUUCGCCUUCCACAUGAAGAAAGAUGAGGUGUGCGUGAACCCCUACCACUACCAGAGAGUGGAGACGCCAGUUCUACCUCCUGUGCUGGUGCCGCGACACACGGAGAUCCCGGCUGAGUUCCCCCCACUGGACGACUACAGCCAUUCCAUCCCCGAGAACACUAACUUCCCGGCGGGCAUCGAGCCCCAGAGCAAUAUUCCAGAGACCCCACCCCCUGGCUACCUGAGUGAAGAUGGAGAAACCAGUGACCACCAGAUGAACCACAGCAUGGAUGCAGGUUCUCCAAACCUCUCCCCAAACCCGAUGUCCCCGGCGCACAACAACUUGGACCUGCAGCCAGUUACCUACUGCGAGCCGGCCUUCUGGUGCUCCAUCUCCUACUACGAGCUGAACCAGCGCGUCGGGGAGACCUUCCACGCCUCGCAGCCGUCCAUGACGGUGGACGGCUUUACCGACCCCUCCAACUCCGAGCGCUUCUGCCUCGGACUGCUCUCCAACGUCAACAGGAAUGCGGCCGUGGAGCUUACCAGGAGGCAUAUCGGUGUGCGGGGCGCAGUGCUUUGGACAGGGCUGAGCCUGAGCGGCAGCAUGUACAGACUGUUGCCCUUGCACCACGGCCUCUUCUGCGGGCAGAGCAGCAGAGGGAGACAGACAGUGACCAGUACCCCCUGCUGGAUCGAGCUGCACCUGAAUGGCCCUUUGCAGUGGCUUGACAAGGUCCUCACGCAGAUGGGCUCCCCAAGCAUCCGCUGUUCCAGUGUGUCCUAGAGCCCUCGGGUGCGGAGAGGAGGCCGGGAGAAAACAUCAGAGCUCUGCUUACCCCACUCUUGUCAAGAAAGAAGAAACCACCGUUCUCCCUCAACCCAAGUGGCUCCAACCUGAUUUCCAAAACGCAAGGACAGACCCAGAGAUGGGAUUUACGGGCAGCUGCACCUGCUGAACCCAUCUACCCUCCGCCCCUCGGUUGGAAGGAGCAAUGGCCUCUGCUUUGGUGGCUUGACCGAAGCAGGCAUCUCCCAGCCCUUCUUUUCUGGUGACACCAAUCUGGGGUGUUGCUGCCCCUCUGGACAGGGCUGGCCGGAGUGCAGCAUUUCCCUUGGCAAGGGUCUCCUUGGUGGGCCUGAGCACACCUGCCCUAGCUCUCCAGCACUUGUGACAAGACACCACGUCAGCGCCUCCUGAUUGGAUUGCCUUGGAUUGGGGAGGGGCUUCUCUGGGCCCCUCCCCACUGCUCCAGCCCAUCCUGAGGGGCGUGAGUGUGUUCAGCAGAACGUCUAGACACAAGAGGGCUGUGGGCAAAAGUCAGUGCAGAAGCUGACUCCUCCUUCAGCAACUCACAGACUUGCCCUUUCCCCCCCGGCAGAGUUGGCAGGCUCUGUGGAGGCUCCGUGCGUGGGCACUGUGUUUGUACUUCACCACGUUGACCUCAGAGAGAUUGGCAGGAAGCAAGGGGCGGGUGCCCCCCAACCCCAACGGCAUCUGGGUUGCAGCAGCAUUCCAUCAAGCUGGCUACCUGUGGUUACCUGGGAGCUUCUGAUGCACUCGGCGACCUGGCCUCAUGGGGUCG